AGAGUUGUUGUUUCCUCCUCCUCCUCCUCCGCCUCCGCCGCCGUUGCUUGAAUGGUGGAGCCGAGGCUGGGCUCGUGAACACACAGUGACAGCUAUAGGGCAGGCGGCGGCACCAUCCCCGCUUCCCCUCGGCGGCGGGGUGUCCCGCCGGCGGCCCUGAAGUGACCCAUAAACAUGUCUUGUGAGAGGAAAGGCCUCUCGGAGCUGCGAUCGGAGCUCUACUUCCUCAUCGCCCGGUUCCUGGAAGAUGGACCCUGUCAGCAGGCGGCUCAGGUACGGCGGCGCGCGGCGCGGGCCGAGCUGCUGCCCCGCCGCACCGACUGGACCGGGAAGGAGCAUCCCAGGACCUACCAGAAUCUGGUGAAGUAUUACAGACACUUAGCACCUGAUCACUUGCUGCAAAUAUGUCAUCGGCUAGGACCUCUUCUUGAACAAGAAAUUCCACAAAGCGUUCCUGGAGUACAGACUUUAUUAGGAGCUGGAAGACAGUCCUUGCUACGCACAAAUAAAAGCUGCAAGCAUGUUGUGUGGAAAGGAUCUGCUCUGGCUGCAUUGCAUUGUGGAAGACCACCCGAGUCACCAAUUAACUAUGGUAGCCCACCCAGUAUUGCGGAUACUUUGUUUUCACGGAAGCUGAAUGGGAAAUACAGGCUUGAACGACUUGUUCCAACAGCAGUAUAUCAGCACAUGAAAAUGCAUAAACGAAUUCUUGGACACUUGUCAUCUGUGUACUGUGUAACUUUUGAUCGAACUGGCAGACGGAUAUUUACUGGUUCUGAUGACUGUCUUGUGAAAAUCUGGGCAACAGAUGAUGGGAGAUUAUUAGCUACUUUAAGAGGACAUGCUGCUGAAAUAUCAGACAUGGCUGUAAACUAUGAGAAUACUAUGAUAGCAGCUGGAAGUUGUGAUAAAAUGAUCCGAGUCUGGUGUCUUCGAACGUGUGCACCUUUGGCUGUUCUUCAGGGCCACAGUGCAUCUAUAACAUCCCUACAGUUCUCACCAUUGUGCAGUGGCUCAAAGAGAUAUCUGUCUUCUACUGGGGCAGAUGGCACUAUUUGUUUUUGGCUGUGGGAUGCUGGAACCCUUAAAAUAAAUCCGAGACCUGCUAAAUUUACAGAGCGCCCUCGGCCUGGAGUUCAAAUGAUCUGUUCUUCUUUCAGCGCUGGUGGAAUGUUUCUGGCCACAGGAAGCACAGAUCAUAUUAUUCGGGUUUAUUUUUUUGGAUCAGGUCAGCCAGAGAAAAUAUCAGAAUUGGAGUUCCAUACUGACAAAGUUGACAGUAUCCAGUUUUCCAACACUAGCAACAGGUUUGUAAGUGGCAGUCGUGAUGGGACAGCGCGUAUUUGGCAAUUUAAACGAAGAGAAUGGAAGAGCAUUUUGUUGGAUAUGGCUACUCGCCCAGCAGGCCAAAACCUUCAAGGAAUAGAAGAUAAAAUCACAAAAAUGAAAGUAACUAUGGUAGCUUGGGAUCGACAUGACAAUACAGUUAUAACUGCAGUUAAUAACAUGACUCUGAAAGUUUGGAAUUCUUACACCGGUCAACUAAUUCAUGUCCUGAUGGGUCAUGAAGAUGAGGUAUUUGUCCUUGAGCCACACCCAUUCGAUCCAAGAGUUCUCUUUUCUGCUGGUCACGAUGGAAACGUGAUAGUGUGGGAUCUGGCAAGAGGAGUCAAAAUUCGAUCUUAUUUCAAUAUGAUUGAAGGCCAAGGACAUGGUGCGGUGUUUGACUGCAAAUGCUCUCCUGAUGGUCAGCAUUUUGCAUGCACAGACUCUCAUGGACAUCUUCUAAUUUUUGGCUUUGGCUCCAGUAGUAAAUACGACAAGAUAGCAGAUCAGAUGUUCUUUCAUAGUGAUUAUCGGCCCCUUAUUCGUGAUGCCAACAACUUUGUCUUAGAUGAACAGACUCAGCAAGCACCUCAUCUUAUGCCUCCCCCUUUUUUGGUUGAUGUUGAUGGUAACCCUCAUCCAUCAAGAUAUCAGAGAUUAGUUCCUGGCCGUGAAAAUUGCAGGGAGGAGCAACUCAUCCCUCAGAUGGGAGUAACUUCCUCAGGACUGAACCAAGUUUUAAGUCAACAAGCAAACCAGGAGAUCAGCCCAUUGGACAGCAUGAUUCAAAGACUACAACAGGAGCAAGACCUGAGACGUUCUAGUGAAGCCGGUAUGAGUAAUACCAGCCGUUUAAGUAGAGGCUCUGUAAGUUCUACCUCAGAGGUUCAUUCACCACCAAAUGUAGGACUGAGGCGUAGUGGACAAAUUGAAGGUGUACGGCAAAUGCACAGCAAUGCACCAAGAAGUGAAAUAGCCACAGAGCGGGAUCUGGUAGCUUGGAGUCGAAGGGUGGUGGUACCUGAGCUAUCAGCCGGUGUAGCCAGUAGGCAGGAAGAAUGGAGAACUGCAAAGGGAGAAGAAGAAAUAAAAACUUAUAGAUCAGAAGAAAAAAGAAAACACCUUACUAUUCCAAAAGAAAAUAAAAUACCCACUGUCUCAAAGAAUCAUGCUCAUGAGCAUUUCCUGGAUCUUGGAGAAUCCAAACGGCAGCAGGCAAAUCAACACAAUUACCGUACAAGAUCUGCUUUGGAGGAGACUCCUAGACCUUCAGAAGAGAUAGAAAAUGGCACUAGUUCUUCAGAUGAAGGUGAAGUUGUUGCUGUCAGUGGUGGAACAUCUGAAGAGGAAGAGAGAGCAUGGCACAGUGAUGGUAGUUCUAGUGACUACUCGAGUGAUUAUUCUGACUGGACAGCAGAUGCAGGAAUUAAUCUGCAACCACCAAAGAAAAUUCCUAAGCAUAAAACCAAGAAAGCAGAAAGCAGUUCAGAUGAAGAAGAAGAAUCUGAAAAACAGAAGCAAAAACAGAUUAAAAAAGAAAGGAAAAAAGUAAAUGAAGAAAAAGAUGGACAAAUAUCACCAAAGAAAAAGAAGCCCAAAGAAAGGAAACAAAAGAGAUUGGCUGUAGGAGAACUAACGGAAAAUGGUUUGACAUUAGAAGAAUGGUUACCUUCAACAUGGAUUACAGAUACUAUUCCCCGAAGAUGUCCAUUUGUGCCACAGAUGGGUGAUGAGGUUUAUUACUUCCGACAGGGACAUGAAGCUUAUGUUGAAAUGGCCCGGAAAAAUAAGAUUUAUAGUAUCAAUCCCAAAAAACAGCCAUGGCAUAAAAUGGAACUACGGGAACAAGAACUGAUGAAAAUAGUUGGCAUAAAGUAUGAAGUGGGAUUGCCUACCCUUUGCUGCCUUAAACUUGCUUUUCUAGAUCCUGAUACUGGUAAACUGACUGGCGGAUCAUUUACCAUGAAAUACCACGAUAUGCCUGAUGUUAUAGAUUUUCUCGUCUUGAGACAACAGUUUGAUGACGCAAAAUAUAGGCGGUGGAACAUAGGUGACCGUUUCAGAUCAGUCAUAGAUGAUGCUUGGUGGUUUGGAACAAUUGAAAGCCAGGAACCUCUUCAGCCUGAGUACCCUGAUAGUUUGUUUCAGUGCUAUAAUGUUUGCUGGGACAAUGGAGAUACAGAAAAGAUGAGUCCUUGGGAUAUGGAGCUUAUUCCUAAUAAUGCUGUAUUUCCUGAGGAACUAGGUACUAGUGUUCCUUUAACUGAUGUUGAAUGCAGAUCAUUGAUCUAUAAACCUCUUGAUGGAGAAUGGGGUUCCAAUCCCAGGGAUGAAGAAUGUGAAAGAAUUGUUGCAGGAAUAAACCAGUUGAUGACACUAGAUAUUGCAUCAGCAUUUGUGGCCCCUGUGGAUCUACAAGCCUAUCCCAUGUAUUGCACUGUAGUGGCAUAUCCAACGGAUUUAAGUACAAUUAAACAAAGACUGGAAAACAGGUUUUACAGGCGAGUUUCUUCCCUGAUGUGGGAAGUUCGAUACAUAGAACAUAAUACACGAACAUUUAAUGAGCCUGGAAGCCCUAUUGUGAAAUCUGCUAAGUUUGUGACUGAUCUUCUUCUACAUUUUAUAAAGGAUCAGACUUGUUACAACUUAAUUCCACUGUACAAUUCAAUGAAGAAGAAAGUUUUGUCUGACUCUGAGGAAGAAGAGAAAGAUGCUGAUGUGCCAGGAACUUCUACCCGAAAAAGAAAGGACCAUCAACCUAGAAGAAGAUUACGUAACAGAGCUCAAUCUUACGAUAUUCAAGCAUGGAAGAAACAAUGUCAAGAAUUGUUAAAUCUCAUAUUUCAGUGUGAAGAUUCUGAGCCUUUCCGCCAGCCAGUAGAUCUCCUUGAAUAUCCAGACUACAGAGACAUCAUUGACACUCCAAUGGAUUUUGCUACUGUUAGAGAAACUUUAGAGGCUGGGAAUUAUGAGUCACCAAUGGAAUUAUGUAAAGAUGUCAGACUUAUUUUUAGCAAUUCAAAAGCCUAUACACCAAGCAAAAGAUCAAGGAUUUACAGCAUGAGUUUGCGCCUAUCUGCCUUCUUUGAAGAACACAUUAGUUCAGUUUUGUCAGAUUAUAAAUCUGCUCUUCGUUUUCAUAAAAGAAAUACAAUAACCAAAAGGAGGAAGAAAAGAAACAGAAGCAGCUCUGUUUCCAGUAGUGCUGCAUCAAGCCCUGAAAGGAAAAAAAGGACGUUAAAACCCCAGCUAAAGUCAGAUAUCUCUAUCUCUCCAUUCUCUACACCUACACGAACAAUACCACCACGGCAUAAUGCCACUCAGAUAAAUGGUAAAACAGAAUCCAGUUCUGUAGUUCGAACCAGAAGCAAUCGAGUGGUUGUAGAUCCAGUUACCACUGAGCAACCAUCUACUUCUUCAGCAGCAAAGACUUUAAUUUCAAAAGCUAAUACAUCUACAAUGCCAGGGAAAACAAUUCUAGAGAAUUCUGUGAAGCAUUCCAAAACCUUGAAUACUCUUUCAAGCCCUGGUCAAUCCAGUAUCAGUCAUGGCACUAGGAAUAAUUCUGCAAAAGAAAACAUGGAAAAGGAAAAGCCAGUCAAACGUAAAGUGAAAUCAUCUGUCCUCUCAAAAACAUCCACUGUUACAAAGUCAACACCUAUCACUGAUCAAGCAGAUUGUAAGAACAAUGCCCUCGUACCAGGAAGCAUUCAAGUAAAUGGCCAUGGAGGGCAGCCAUCCAAACUUGUGAAGAGAGGACCUGGAAGGAAGCCUAAGGUAGAAGUUAAUACCAAUAGUGGUGAAGUUAUACACAAGAAAAGGGGUAGAAAGCCCAAAAAGCUACAGUAUGCAAAGCCAGAACAUUCAGAGCAAAAUAAUGUGCAUUCAAUCCGAGAUGAAGUAGUUCCUUCUUCAACAUGCAGUUUUCUUUCUGAAACUAAUACUAUAAAAGAGGAUUUGUUACAGAAAAAAAGUCGUGGAGGCAGAAAACCGAAAAGGAAGAUGAAGACACAAAAACUAGAUUCAGAUCUCAUAGUUCCUACCAGUGUUAAAAUGCUGAGGAGAAGUAACCGAAAAAAGACAGAUGAUCCUGUGGAUGAGGAAGAAGAGUUUGAGGGACUUAAAGGCUCUGAACCCCACAUGAGAACUAGAAACCAAGGUCGAAGGACAGCUUUCUAUAACGAGGAUGAUUCUGAAGAGGAGCAAAGGCAGCUGUUGUUCGAAGACACCUCUUUGACUUUUGGAACUUCUAGUAGAGGACGAGUCCGAAAGUUGACUGAAAAAGCAAAAGCUAAUUUAAUUGGUUGGUAACUUGUACCAAAACAUUUUACUUCAAAAUCAUAAAGCAGGUACAGUUAAGGAACACAUAGAACUAAGGCUCUGCUUCCUUGCUGCUAUGGUGGAUUAGGGAAUGUUAUGAUUUGAUUUGCAAAAAAACAAACAAACUUACAAGACACUUCACUUCUUUAAAUGAAUAUAUAUAUAUAUAAAUAUAUACAUAUAUAUAUUUUAAAUGUUUGCUAUUUAUUGCCCUUAGAUAGGUUAUGCAUUUCAACAUUCAUUUCAUUCACUGUUUGAAACAAAAGAAAUUGAGGACCUAUAAUGAAUUCCCAGUUUAUUUCUGGAAAAGACAGUUCUGCUACACUCUUAAGGAGCAUAAUAUUCCUAGUGAUAGAGCAUUUCAUGUUAAAAUGAAUUAUUUUUGACCAAGCCAGGUACAUUUCUAUUGAUACAGAAGUCCUGCCCCUAGGAAGACAGAUGUUACCAGAGUAGCAGUAAAUUAAGAAGUGUGUUUCCUCUAAAGAUAAAUAUAAAAUUCCCACCAUUUGAUACCCUAAAAACUUUAAUUUUAAUUAUAGAAUGUUCAUCUACAAAGAAUCUAGACAAGGCUUUUGCUGUAUUCCAUUUCUGCCAAACGUAAGAGAAAAUGUACUGAUGAAAAGGAAACAUAUCCACAUUGGAAAACAUUUGACUGUCUAAUUUUUCAGACCUUGAUUCUUAUAUCAAUCACUCAAUCUCUGUUUAUUGUGCCAAAGACUGAGAAUCAGUGCAGUGGAAAGCCUGUUUUUGACUGUCAGGACAGCAUACACUUUUCAAUAUUGGAAAGGCUAUAUAUUAUUCUAAAGAGCACGUUAUUAAAAAGAGUUAUGCUGAGAUGUAUCUUUUUUUGGUACUUAAUAGUAGAAAAUAAUGCACUGGUGGGUCCUUUGACAGAGAUGUUUUAGAGAAAAUGUUUAAGUGGUUAAAGGAUUCAAGGAAAAUACAGGAAAAAGGUAUGGGAUUUGAUGUUUACUUGUUGAUCUGGAUUAAUGUUGUUUCUAAACUUUAGACAUAUCUAAUAGGCUAAAAUGACUUACAAAGAAAUGUGUCUGUGUGUGUAUGUGUAUAUAUUGAUAAAUGGGUAUAAUUAAAUAUAUAUACAAACACAUACUUAUAUACUAUUACCCAGGUAUAAAUUCUUUUUUCAGGAUUUUUUAGAUAGUGGUAGAAUAAAAAUAAUUUUAAAAUGUCAUACUUUAUAGUUUAAUUUUAAGGGGAAGAUUGGUUAUUUUCAAUUAUUAAAGGUUAAAAUAGGCCAAAUCACUUUUUAUGCAAUCAUGUUUUAUACAGUGGUCUCAUUGCACAUUGUGUUUUUUCUGCACUUUUUAUGGUAUCCUUAUCACGCUGGUAUGUCAAUAUACACCCUAAAGAAAAAUUCCAUUUAAUGAUUGUGCCUUGUAUUCUAUUAUUUUUUGCAUCGUUAGUAAAAUUAAGUUGUCUAUUGUAAAUGAUAACUAUAUGACUUAGGAGAAUGUAUUGCUAUAUGUACUGCUAUGGAAAAGGAAAGCAGUUAUUUAUUUGUUUAUGGUACAGUUAGUUAUUUUAUACCUUAAAAACCAACAUAAAUACCAUUUCUAUUGUUUAAAAAUUAUUGUCCAUUUUUUAAAAGGUUUAAAGAAUGUAGUAUUUUCUGAGGACUGGUAUGGUACAAAAAUGUAACCAAAAUUUUCAGAAACUACAUUUUUAAAAAGUGAGGAUGGGAAAAUAUGUAUCAGCAUGACCCUGAUGUAGAAAAAUAAAGUCUUCAAUUGAACCUUGGCAAAAUACA